AUGACCUUCUUGGGCCAUGUUGCCGCCAAUGACAUCCUCAUUUCCAGUUUGCUGUCCGCGUUCACGUGCUCGGACCUUGGGCAUCUGGAGAUGGUGAGUGCAAGUGUCCUGGCAGAGUUGUCAUCGUCUCAGCAUUGGGUGAAGUACUUUGAGCGUACGUCCCACGUGCGUUUGGGCGGGGAGUGCCUGGCGGUGCUCUUGGAGUGCACCGCCCCACAACGUCCUGAAGUGAAGGCACUGCUGUGCAAGUUGGCAACUCUGGCAGCACCGAGAGAGCAAAGCUCUCUUCCCAAGCACCUGUCGCCUGUAGUGAUAGGACCCUUAUCGGACGUACAAAAGUUAGCCAAAAAACUGGAGGCAGCGGAGCAUAAAGCAGGGCAGGCAAGGAAAGACGGGCUUGCGACGACCGAUGUGAUGAUCAGGUGCUUCCAGUUCACUCACGGGAGUGUGAGCAGCCCUAUCUCCUUCCACCUUGCCGGAGGGCCAACGACCUCACAGAAAUACAUGCUUCAGUUGGGCUGGACAAAAUCCGAUGAUGUGGUGUUGAAAGUAAUACCUCAGGAUGCUCGGCCCGACGAUCAGACUCAGGAUUUGCUUAGUAUAAGCAUCUCGACCAUUGGUGCAGGUCUGUACUUCGCCUCGCGCGACUCAAUAGUCACUGCAGAUGAGCGAUGGUGGAGCACCAACGGGAUUUGCACGACACUUUCUGGCCAUGACUUGCUGAAGAGGCUCUUUGCUGGACUUUGGUGUGUCGUGUGCAUAUGCCGCCAGCCGGACGAUGCGCCAGAGCCGCCGUCGUCCCGUGCCACGCCUGUGCUGGAGAGUCUGUCGCUGCAACGCCCUGAAUCUGACACUGAGCCUGCCUUCACUUGA